AUGAAAAUGAUAAUUAUGAAAAUGAACCUUCUUUGUUUGUUGUCAAUAAUGCUAACAGUCAAGACAAUGCAUACUCAUUAGAAGUAAAACUUGGUUCUUGUAAUAUUCUAUUUCUAGUUGAUACUGGAGCGAGUAUCUCUUGCAUUUCUGAAGAUUUGUAUUUAGAGAAAUUUAGAAUGUACAAAUUGAAACAGACUGAUCGAUGUCUCACUUUCUACAAUGGAACCAAGGUAUCAUCUCACCGGUAGACUAUAGUCAGUGGGGCACUCCGGUAGUACCAGUGUUGAAGAAAAAUGGUGCAGUCAGACUUUGUGGAGAUUACAAGGUGACAAUAAACCCCCACAAUGAAAUAGAUCAACAUCCAUUACCAAGAAUUGAAGAUCUGUUUGGUUGUCUACAGGGAGGAGUUCAAUUUUCCAAAUUAGACUUAUCAGACGCGUAUCAACAAGUAGGUUUGAAUGAUGAUUCAAAAAAUCUCACCACUAUUGUAACUCAUAAAGGUUUAUUUAUAUACAAUAGACUAACUUAUGGAAUUGCUUCAGCGCCCUCUAAAUUUCAGAAAUUGAUGGAAUCACUGUUGAGUGGAAUUGAUGGCGUGACAGUAUUUUUAGACGAUAUUCUUAUUACUGGAAAAGACGAAAAGGAACAUUUUAAUAGACUUAAAUUAGUUUUGUCAAUUUUAGAAAAUUCCGGUCUCAAGUUGAGCAUUGCUAAAUGUAAAUUUUUUCAAGAUUCAAUUGAAUAUUUGGGAUAUAAAAUUGAUGAGGAAGGUCUUCACACAAGUGAGAAUAAAGUCGCGGCAAUUUUGAAAGUCCAGAAACCAAGUAACAUAACUGAAUUAAAAUCAUCUUUAGGUAUGGUAAAUUAUUAUGGAAAAUUUAUCCGAAAUAUUUCUUAAAUUUUAUAUCCAUUACAUCGUUUGUUGAGAAAAGAUGUAAAAUGGUUUUGGUCGAAAGAUUGUGACCAAGCUUUUGACAGAAUCAAGUUAUUGCUUAGUUCAACAGAAGUUUUGGUACAUUUCAAUCCUGAAUUAGAUAUUAGAUUAACAGUAGACGCUAGUUCACACGGCUUAGGGGCUAUUUUAAGCCAUCAAUACCCAUCAGGAAUUGAAAAACCAAUAGCUUAUGCUUCAAGGUCACUUUCAAAAAGUGAAAAAAAUUAUAGUCAGAUAGAAAGAGAAGGUUUAGCUAUUAUUUUUGGCGUACAUAAGUUUCAUCAAUAUCUUAAUGAAAAAAAUUUAAGUUGAUUACAGAUAAUAAACCUCUGAUGACGAUUUUCGGACAAAACAAGCCAAUCCCUCAAUUUUCUGCUAAUAGGUUGAGGCGUUGGGCUGUGAUUCUAUCGAAUUACCAAUACGAAGUCGAAUACGUCAAAUCGGAGAAUAAUACGGCGGACGCAUUAUCUAGAUUAUCGGAAUCCGAAUCCGAUAGUUUAAGUAACAACGAUGAUGUCGAAUUCCCAUAUUGUAAUUUUUUAACAAAUAGUGAAGAAAUGCCAAUAAACCUAGAUGAAGUUAAAAGUGAAACUGUCAAUGAUAAAGGGUUGAGUCAGGUCAUUGAAUUUAUGAAGAUGGGGUGGCCAAAGUACGUUAGUAAUGAUGAUAUGAUCAAACCAUAUUUUUCCAGACGUUCAGAAUUUGCAGUGUCUAAUAAUUGUUUAUUCUGGAAUCAUCGCAUAGUUGUUCCUGUAAAGUUACGACAUAUUUUUCUCAGAAAAUUGCAUAUGACGCAUUUUGGUAUAGUUAAAUCAAAAAAUAUUGCAAGGGCACAUUUUUGGUGGCCAAAUCUUGAUAAGGAUGUAGAAAAUUAUGUUAAGCGGUGCGAAAGUUGCAGAAAGAAUUUAUCUAAUCCCGCUAAGGUUCCGUUGGCAACCUGGUCGUGGCCAGGUGAAGUUUGGGAAAGGUUACAUAUUGAUUAUUUUGGACCUUUCUCCAAGAAGUAUUAUCUGAUCAUAUUAGAUGCGCAUUCGAAAUGGGUCGAAGUUUUUGAAACUUCAACGACAAGUUCGGAAGCGACGAUUAAGAUGCUUAGGAGUUGUUUUGCCAGAUUUGGUUUACCAAAAACGGUAGUAUCAGACAACGAUGCUUAUUUCACAUCUGAACAGUUCGAAUUUUUUUUGAAGAAGAAUAAUAUUAAGCAUGUUUUGAUCCCACCAUAUCAUCCAGAAUCUAAUGGUGCAGCUGAAAAUUGUGUAAAAAGAGUUAAAAAUAGUAUCAAAAAGGCUAUGAGCGAAAAAACCUCUGUAGACACCCAUACAGUUCUUUCUAGGUUUCUUUUUGACUAUCGAACUACUGAACAUUGCACUACCGGAGUAAGCCCUGAUCAAAUUAUGUUCUGUAGAAACUUGAGAACAAGAUUCAAUGCUCUGUUGUAUAAACCAUCUAAAGAAUUAGUGAAUAAGGUACAUUGUAAACAGCAAGAUCAAAAGAAAUAUUAUAAAGGAAAAAAUUCUGUCGAUUACCAAGUAAAUGAUUUAGUUUUGGUAAAAGAUUAUCGAGACGUUAAUAAAACAAAUUGGAUUAAAGGUAAAAUUAGGAAAAAAAUUGGAAGAGCAACAUUUCUAGUCCAUAUUUUAGAGUUAGACAGAUGUUGGAAACGUCAUGCUAAUCAAUUGAGAAAAACUUCAGAGAAUAUUAUUUACCCAUCGGAGAGAAUUGUUAGUAAUUUUGAAAAAGAAACAAAGAAUAAAAAUGUAUGUGAAAAUGAUGAAAAUGUAUUUGAAAGUAUUGAAAAUGUAUUUAAAAGUAAUGAAAAUGUAAUAUUAGAUAAGACUGAUAGACCUAAGAGAGUGAGAAAGCCUCCGGAGAGAUUCCAAGCUGAAUAAUGUUUAAUGGAUGUAUGUUUUUAGGAUAUUUUGCUGUGAUGAAUUUUGAUGUGAUAUGUUAAAUUUUCAUUGAUUAAUUUGUGAUAUUCUUUUGAGUGCUUAUAGCUAAAAUAAGUUAAAUUUACUUAUGUUGAAUUGUGAUAUUUUUAAAAAUUCAUAUAACUCAGAUUUUCUCGUAGGGGGGAAGAAUGUAAUAUAUUGGUUAUAAAGAUUAAUAUUGUCAUGCGUUAAACUCCCCACUUAAUCUUGUUUGAUCCUAAUUGUUCUCCGUUGCAAAAAGCAGUUCAGUUGUAUUGUAGCAAAUGAAAGAUUAAAAGUAUACGUCAUA